CAGCAGCAAAAGAUUCCAGCGUCUGAUUUCCAUUCCCUCCAGUCGACUAUUGAAUCUUGAAACCGGGUUCUGCCACAAAUCACAAAAUCCGACCCAAUGUCUGAGAGCAACGGCGUCAAGUCCGGGGUCGAGCCCGGUGACCGGGUCGCCAUCGGCAUCACCUUUGGCAACUCCAACAGCUCCAUUGCCUUUACCGUUGAUGACAAGGCCGAGGUCAUCGCCAAUGAGGACGGUGACCGACAAAUCCCCACGGUUCUCUCCUACGUCGACGGCGACGAGUACUACGGUACCCAGGCGAAGAGCUUCUUGGUUCGCAACCCGACCAACACCAUUGCCUUCUUCAAGGACUUCCUUGGCCAAGAAUUCAAGUCAAUCGAUCCCACACACUGCCACGCUGCUGCCCACCCCCAGGAGGUCUCGGGCGAGGUUGCCUUCACCGUCAAGGACAAGGCUGGCGAGGAGGAUGAACCCUCAGUCAUCACAGUCUCCGAGGCUGCCACCCGAUAUCUGCGACGCCUCGUCACCGCCGCCUCCGAGUACCUCGGCAAGAAGGUCACCUCUGCCGUCAUCACCGUCCCCACCAACUUCACCGAGAAGCAGCGCGAGGCCCUGAUCAAGGCCGCCAACGCUGCCGAGCUUGAGGUCCUGCAGCUCAUCGCCGACCCCAUUGCCGCCAUCCUGGCCUACGAUGCCCGCGCCGAGGCCAAGACCGAGGACAAGAUCAUUGUCGUCGCCGAUCUGGGCGGCACCCGCUCCGACGUCGCCGUUGUUGCCUCAAGAGGCGGCAUGUACACGAUCCUGGCCACUGCACACGACUACGAGUUUGCCGGUGUCCAUCUCGACCAGGCCCUGAUGGAGUACUUUGCCAAGGAGUUCCAGAAGAAGCACAACGUCGACCCGCGAAACAACGCCAGGAGCUUGGCCAAGCUCCGCCUUGAGGCCGAGGCCACCAAGAAGGCCCUGAGCCUGGGCACCAACGCCCAGUUCAGCGUCGAGAGCUUGGCUGACGGAUUCGACUUCUCCGCCACCCUCAACAGGACACGGUACGAGAUGGUUGGCCGCAAGGUCUUUGAGGGCUUCAACCGCCUGGUCGAGAGCGUCGUCAAGAAGGCCGAGCUGGAUGUCCUGGACGUCGACGAGGUCAUCAUGUGCGGUGGCACCUCCCACACCCCCCGAAUUGCCACCAACUUCCAGUCCAUCUUCCCCGAGUCGACCGUGAUCCUGGCCCCCGCCACCAGCACGGCCGCCAUCAACCCCUCGGAGCUGCAGGCUCGCGGUGCUGCCCUCCAGGCGUCGCUGAUCCAGGAGUACGACGCUGCCGACAUCGAGCAGUCCACCCACCCCGCCGUCACCACCGUCAAGCACAUCUCCAACGCCAUCGGUGUUGUUACCGUCAACGCCGAGGGCGAGGAUGUCUUCACCCCGGUCAUGCAGGCCGAGACGGCAGUUCCCGCCCGCCGAACCGUCCACAUUGCUGCCCCUGCCGAGGGCGGCGAUGUCCUGGUCAAGGUCGUCGAGGGUGGCACUCACAUCAAGGUGACCAAGCCCGAGCCCAAGGCCAGGGUCGAGGACGUGCCCGAGGACGAGGACGACUCCGACUUUGAGGAAGAGGAGGAGGAGGAGAAGCGCGAGAAGAUCUGGAAGAUUGGCUCACCGCUUGCCGAGGCCGCCGUCAGGGGCGUUUCCAAGGGUGGCAAGGUCGAGGUCACCAUCAACGUCGCGGGCGACCUCAGCGUGACUGUCACGGCCAGGGAAGUCGGCGGCAAGGGUGGUGUCAGGGGCAACCUGCAGGCACCGUAA